AUAGAGCCAAAAUGGCGGAUAUGGACCAAAGAUUUUGUCUCGAUGCGAAAUGUCUUUUCCGGGUUUAUCAUGUAUACAUUUAAAAGCUGUUAACUAGGAUUAAACUACUUACAGCGUCUCUCUUCUGCAAUACUUUUGUCCUGGCUCUUGCCCAGGUGGCCUACAACCCUGUUAGCCCAGCCUCUGUCCCGCCCCUCGCUCGCUGCUCGCUGCUCUCCCUCCCUCCCUCUCCCUCUCUGGGUUUGCCCGCAGCACUGCUGGAGUCGGGCUAGUUGGGUUCCAGUAGAGAGAUGGCGGCGACAGCGUGCAGGUCUGUGCUCAACGUGUCCCGGAGCACCGGACGAUUGACAGCCAGCUUUCCCGCAUUGGGCGUCAGUAGGCACCGACACCAGCAGCACCAGCGGCCGGAGCCCCUUCCUGCCUCCCUCAUCCAUCAGACCACCAGGAGGGUGCACACUCUGCGGACGGCAGGCAGGCCCCAUCUCCUCUCCCAGACCAGCACCCCUUUGUCACGCCAGGCCUGGAAGGCAAUCCCAACAUGGAAGGGUCAAAGACUGCUGUGCUCAUCUGUUGCAGCAUCACCCGACGAGGUGAGUGUGCUGUACCAUAAUGGCCUGCCAGUAAUCUCGGUCAGACUGCCAUCAAGGAGGGAGGUCUGCCAGUUCACCCUCAAACCCAUUUCCGACUCUGUGGGCAUUUUCCUACAGCAGCUGCAAGCUGAGGAUCGGGGCAUCGACCGUGUCGCCAUUUACUCGACAGAUGGAGCUCGGGUAGCCUCCUCCACAGGCAUAGACAUCCUGCUGCUAGACGACUUCAACUUGGUCAUCAAUGACACCACAUACCACGUCCGGCCGCCCAAGAGAGACCGACUGUCCCACGAAGACGCAGAGACCCUGAAUGAUGUGAAGAUGCUGGUGCAGCAGCUCUACACCACCCUACGCAUUGAGGAGCACCAGCUGCACAAGGAGCGUGAGCUGAUUGGCCGACUUGAGGACCUCAACUCUCAGCUUCUCCCCUUAGAAAAGAUGAAGGAGGAGUUAAGCCGGAAGGCAGAGCGCCGGACCACCUGGGUUCUGUGGGGAGGAAUGGCAUACAUGGCGACUCAGUUCGGCGUGCUGGCACGCCUGACAUGGUGGGAGUACUCCUGGGAUAUCAUGGAGCCCGUCACUUACUUCAUCACCUACGGCAGCGCCAUGGCCAUGUACGCGUACUUCGUCCUCACACGCCAGGAGUACAUCUAUCCUGAUGCCCGGGAUCGACAGUACCUGCUGUUUUUCCACAAAGGAGUGAAGAAGAUCCGGUUUGACCUUGAGAAAUACAACAGGCUGAAGGACGCCAUUGCCCAGGCUGAGCUGGACCUGAAGCGCCUGAGAGACCCCCUACAGCUGCAGCUCCCCGUCCAGCAGAUCACCGGCAACAAGGAUUGAUGGGCAGAGUGACCCACUCCCCUCCCCCCUCCCCCUUUCCCCCUCGUUCCCUUUCUUCCUCCCUCACCAUUGCCCCAACCCCCCCCCCCCCCCCCCCCACUCCCUCUACUCCUCAUCCUCCUCACCCUCCUAGUCUCCCUCCAGCCUGGCUCCAAACAAGGUGGGGGGAGGGGGUUCUUAUUAUUUUUUACCUUUCGUCUGAAAACACAACACAAAAGUGGAACCCAGAUCAUUUUGUACCACCAAGGGACAAUAAUCAACCCAGGCAGGUAAAGAAGAACAGCGCAGACACAAACAAUACAUUGCUGUAUCCCAGCCUGUGAGCGUCAGCCAUGGGGAGCAGAACGGCAGCGAUGCUGUCAUUUACCGCGAAGACGCCGGCGCAGCGACAGCCAGCCGGCCGCGGCGCGGACUGACACAGCAGCCGGCUGAGGGGGAGGAGGGAGCGUAGCGGCCGGACAGAGGGGGCAGUCGUAAUGCCUUGUUACCACCAAGGAAAGGAGGAGAGGGGUAUUGGGUGCCUGUUAGCCUGCGGUAAUAACACUCACUGAUGAACAGGGGGCUUUUCAAAGGUUUGGGGUUUUUUUGUUUCAGGGCAAAACAAAAAAUUCUCCCAGUUUACAGCAAGUGUCAAAACGUUUAAGAAUCCGAAUUUUUAGCUGAUUCUUAUGUGGAGAAAACAAAUUCAGCUGAUUAUUAUCCAAAGCAAAAAGAUUACAGAAGUCAUCCUGUUAAGUGUGGAGAUCAGGGAUGAGCCAACUGACUGAAAAUGGGUCUUAAGGUUUUUGCAUUGAGCCCUCCUCUUCUGUUGCCGGACGACAUUCACCUCCCCAAGCACUGCUGUCUUACAGGCUCUUCCUACAGUGCACUCCUACUGCUCUGAGUCAGGAAACCUAUUUCGACAUUAAUAAUAAUGGAGAAUACUCUAAUCAGCAGCCAUACUCUGACUGUAUGUUGUGUGAACAGCAGCAGUGUACUCUGAGGAAAGAGUUUGGGUUGAGCACUGUACCACAAUCACUGCGGGGGAGGCUGUGACAACAGAGAUCAAAAUAUUUGUGACAUGCUGUUUUUUUUAAAAAGCCAUAUUAAAUUUGUAAAAAUCGGUAAAACAACAGAACAUGUUUUGGAAAGUGGGGCUUUUGCGUCUGUGAAGUCUUAGAGGGGACAUUUUCUAUGAAUUUGUCAAAGCUUAAUAGCAGUAUGUGAAUGCAGAAAACUAGGGUUCACACUUAAACACAUUGUACUGUACCCCUCAACACUGCGUCGAGAGACCGCACUUGCAGGACAUGUGGGGCUGUAGUUGUCCUCUUAGUAAAUUGAGACGCAAACUCAGCACCAGAAGAGAUUGCAAAUGCCCAUGCUAUGCGUCUCCAGUCUGUUUUUACUAUACUGACAGCGGCACAAGUCCGAGCAAGUGAAUGUAUAUAUCAGGGCUUUUCAGAAAUACUUUUUUGUUAUUCUGUUAUAAUGUUUUACUGUCUUUAUUUUUACUGCUAUUUUUUUUUUCAAAUUGGAAUUGAGAAAUGUGUUGUCAGUUUGUAAAGGCAGGGUAAUUAUUACUAACCCCCCUGUUCAUUAGAGAUCUUUCUAAUUCUCAGACUUUUUUUUCAGGGAAAACAUCAAUCCACCAUUUUUUUUUUAUUUUAAAAUGUUUUAAUUCUUUGGAAGUCAUGGGAGCUGUUGUCCUGUGCAUUUUCCACACUGUCCAAUGUAAAAAGACACAAAGUAAAGAUCCUACAGUGCCUCACUGCAGCCUGUAUAGACAGGUGUAUGUUGCACGCUGUUUGCUGUGUUUCUGGCUGUGACUUGGGCCAGUAAUGUUUGCUCACUGUGUCACUGGGACUGGCAUUGCCCGGAAUUUAGGCCUCUCAGUGUGGCUGUCUUGUGAAUGUAUGGUCUGAAGUCUGUGCAGCACUCAGAUCUACAGUGGUAGUCCUGUAUGUGUGAGAUUAGGUGUGGGUUAAUGACAGCAGUUUGCACACCUUCCCUGCCUUUCAGUGCAAAAUUAUUUUACCUCUCACUCACAUUACAGUAAUCCAAGAGAUUUUUCAUCUUGCUUUGUUAUUAAAUUAAAUCUCACCGUAUUGUAAUAGAAAUGAGUCACAUAGCUGUUAACCGUAUGGAUCUGAUUUCUGGGUUCUGAGUGUUAAUGAUGCCUAUGGGUGUUGAGAAGCAUUCUAGCUUAUUUUCUGUACUGUACAUACUCACAUUUCCCAUGCUGGUAGUGGCAUCAGCAAGAAUUAGGAGCAUUUUUGCAUUGGAAAGACAGGAGGGAGUGUGAAACAGGCCACUGCUGCAAUGAUAAAGGUUGUACUGUGGGGGUGGGUGUGGUUGCAACAGCAUUUGAUUCUCAUGCUGGACAAUAGUAGUUUUAAAGAACAGCAGAAAUCUCUGGUGUUGCUCAUGAUCUUCACAGCUUGUCUGUAGGGCUUGGCCAGUGAGUCGAAGCCCAACUGGAGAGAGAACCCCCCUAAGCCACUCAUCUUUGUACAGUCCUUUGCACUUGCCCUGGUUAAGAAGUGGCCGGUGCCGAUUUGUAACCAAAACAGCUGAACCAAAAAUCGCAUCAGAUGCAGUUCCUACUGCCAUCACCAGGGGGAGACAUGGAGCCUCACAGCCCUCUAUGGACAGUACAGUGACGAGGCAGCCACUGUGGGACACUGUACUGUUUGAGGAACAAGUUUCUGAAGGCUCUUGUUUAGAGGUAAGGCUAAUGCAAACCCAUAUAGGGAUUGUGGAGCCUCCCUUGGUGAUGUCAAGAGGCAUCUAGAAGCUUUGAACUGUAUUCUCAAGUCCGUGGGGGUGGCUGUGUCUGAGUAACUCCCGAAGAUUGGGACCUUCGCUGAAGACACAAGAUGAGUCAUUUGUUGUCUGGAUGUCUUUAGUACUUGAAAACCUUUGCAUUUGAUAAGAUUCUUUCUUGACCAUUGAGACAAGAAAGCACCGGUGUGGGUUGGGGGCCAUAGGAUUGGGUGUUAGGUGGUCUUGGUAGUGGUAGUAGGGUAGCAUCAUAAUGUUUCAAUGGUGGAAAGCAAAAAAACUUGACUAUGAAUUCAUUUUAUCACAUGACAAGACGGUUUCAUGACAAGCAUCAUGUAAGAAUGCAUUGUAUUUUUAUCACAGAGUCGUGUCGGUAAUCAUGUCACCUCCAGUCGUGUGGAUGUGAUGUGUCAGGGCUAUGGGCUGUUCGAACAUAGCCUUGUCCUGUUCUUGCCAUGUCUGCAGUCCAAGAGGAGGUGUGGCUUGGGGGGUGGGGGGAACAAGUUUGCUACAGCAUGCAGAAUACAGGAAUGUCGCUGAUGUGUGUCUGGCUUUGUGGUUACUGCCCUGUGCCUGGGGGAGGGGAUGGGGUAAAAGCUAAAUGUGUUUUUAGGAAUAGCACAUUAUUAUUAGAGCCAAAUUAAUUGAUUUGUUUCAGAAAUUCUGAAGUGCAAUCUUACUACCGCCCAAAAUGUUGCACUUUAUCGAACAAUCUUCACCAUGUGCCAUCAGAAAAUGAGUACUGCGCCUGAGGCAACAUGGUAAUUAAUACAUAAACCUCCCCUCUUCCCCUUUAUUGUAUCUGUCUUUACAGUAAGCACUAACAGUGUCCGCCCCUAGCUUCAACUGAGCUAGCUGGAGCAGAAACCUUAGACAUUGGGAGGAGAAGUUGUCUGGCUAAGGUUUUCUACUGCAUCCUUGCAACGCGUCAGCCAACUGCUUUCAAAGUAAGCUGGCAGUCUGCAGAACCCUCAUUCUCAUUUCAAUAAGAAUAGAGUUGUGUUUGUAAUUGAUGUUUGCAUGAAGAAUUGAGGUUGAUUAUUAGAAAUGUUUCUUUGGGGAAGGAGGGAUUAGAAUCCUUUAUAAGAUUUAUCAGAAAAAGUUGUGUUUGGUUUUUAAAGAAUACCCUGUCAUGGGACAGUAGGAUCUUCAAACCAUGAAUAAACAAUAAAACCCAGUUCAAGGUGGAAAAGUCCAGGUGAAGUUCUGGUCAGGUCACUUCGCCAGCUUCAUUUUGUGAGGGCUGAUAGGAUGUUGAACUGGUUUCUCACACCAUUUGUUUUUUGUUAUUUUGUGCUGUUUUGAACUGCACACAACUGUUCCCUACUGUUUCUCUGUCUGCUCCUCCUCUCUUUCCGGGCUGUUGUCCAGGGACUGUCCAUGCCAAUGUCCUCUGUCCCAUCAAGAUGCCUUGAUGUGCACACAGACAGGAGGAUGGAGAGAUGCGAAACACCCUCCUACUGAUGGCAUGCUGAGAAUCAUACAGAGGGUGCACGUUUGACAUUUUCUUUUUUUCAAUUCUCUCUUUUUUAAGUUUCGAAUGUGUGCAUUUGUUUUACAGUUUCAUCCUGUUUGUGUGAACUUAUUAUAAGAAAGACACUUUUAAAAAAUACAGAGCAGGAUGUCUGAUUCAGUCUUUUGUUUCCUUUAGAUUGUUUUUUCCGUUUUCCUUCUGUUCUUAUGAGUUGGCAUCGGAUGCAGUAAUGUUCAAAAAGAUAAAAACUUUAAAAAUGUAAAAUCCUGUAUCAUUUAUGAAAUAUGUAUAAAAGAGAAAUGUAAUUCAGUUACCAAUAAAUACCUAUCCAGUUUUUGGAAA